UCUGAGUGACAGGCGGCGAAGAGAGGAGCCAAUAUAUAUAAGGAAGUCUCCCAAGCGCGCAGGUUUCAGUAGCGGCUCAGAGCGCAAGCUGGAAACACGAGGCCAAGAGCCGCAGCUCGAACCGCCUCAGUGCGCUGUACCCGGGCACUAGCCCGCUUGCAGCCCCAGGAUUAGCCCGAGGACACGUCCUCAGUCCGGCCACCGCCCAGCCGCCCUCACCUGGAUUACCUACCGCCGCAGCUGGAGCAGAGCUAGCGAGAAGGCGAAGCGGGAGGAAAGCCCCAGAAGAGCCUGGCUUCUCAGGGACCCCUCUGGCGGAUAGACGCGCGGGAAAGCGGCGUCCCAAACGAAGCCAGCUACAGGGCGGGCGCGGGGAGAGAGCGACGCUCCAGGGGAUGGCAGCCGCGUACCGUAGCGCCUUUAGCUGGGCGCUACUGCUGCUGGUGACACUUCGGCAGCAGCGCGCAGCCGGCUCCGGAGUCUUCCAGCUGCAGCUGCAGGAGUUUGCCAACGAGCGCGGCGUACUGGCUAGCGGGCGGCCGUGCGAACCCGGCUGCAGGACCUUCUUCCGCGUCUGCCUUAAGCACUUCCAGGCGGUCGUCUCGCCCGGGCCCUGCACCUUUGGCAGCGUCUCGACGCCUGUGUUGGGCACCAACUCCUUCGCCGUCGGGGACGAUAGUAGCGGCGGGGGACGCAACCCUCUUCAACUCCCUUUCAAUUUCACCUGGCCGGGUACCUUCUCACUCAUCAUCGAAGCUUGGCACGCGCCAGGAGACGACCUGAGGCCAGAGGCCUUGCCACCAGACGCGCUUAUCAGCAAGAUCGCCAUCCAGGGCUCCCUAGCUGUGGGCAAGAACUGGUUAUUGGACGAGCAGACCAGCCCUCCCACGAGGCUGCGCUACUCUUACCGGGUCAUCUGCAGUGACAACUACUAUGGGGACAGCUGCUCACGCCUGUGCAAGAAGCGUAAUGACCACUUCGGCCACUACGUGUGCCAGCCAGAUGGCAGCCUGUCCUGCCUACCCGGCUGGACUGGGGAGUACUGCGAACAGCCUGUCUGUCUUUCUGGCUGUCAUGAACAGAAUGGUUACUGCAGCAAGCCAGCAGAAUGCAUCUGCCGCCCAGGCUGGCAGGGACGCCUGUGCAACGAGUGCAUCCCCCACAAUGGCUGUCGCCAUGGCACCUGCAGCAUCCCCUGGCAAUGCACCUGUGAUGAGGGCUGGGGGGGCCUAUUCUGUGACCAAGAUCUCAAUUACUGCACCCACCACUCUCCAUGCAAGAAUGGGGCAACGUGUUCCAACAGUGGGCAGCGGAGCUACACCUGCACCUGUCGCCCAGGCUACACUGGCGUGGACUGUGAACUGGAGCUCAGCGAGUGUGAUAGCAACCCUUGUCGCAAUGGAGGCAGCUGUAAGGACCAGGAGGAUGGCUACCGCUGCCUGUGUCCCCCGGGCUACUAUGGCUUACACUGUGAACACAGCACUUUGAGCUGUGCAGACUCACCCUGCUUCAAUGGGGGCUCUUGCCGGGAGCGUAACCAGGGGGCCAGCUAUGCCUGUGAAUGCCCCCCCAACUUCAUGGGCUCCAACUGUGAGAAGAAGGUGGACAGGUGUACCAGCAACCCAUGUGCCAAUGGGGGCCAGUGCGUGAACCGUGGUCCGAACCGCAUGUGCCGCUGCCGUCCUGGAUUCACAGGCCUCCACUGUGAACUCCCCAUCAGCGACUGUGCCCGCAGCCCUUGUGCCCACGGCGGCACUUGCCAUGAUCUAGAGAAUGGGCUCAUGUGCACCUGCCCUGCUGGUUUCUCUGGCCGGCGCUGCGAGGUGCCUAUUCCUGGUGACGCCUGUGUCUCAGGACCCUGCUUCAAUGGGGCCACCUGCUACCCUGGCCUCUCCCGGGACAGCUUCGUCUGCAACUGUCCCUAUGGCUUUGUGGGCAGCCGCUGCGAGUUCCCUAUGAGCAUGCCACCCAGCUUCCCCUGGGUGGCUGUCUCUCUGGGCGUGGGACUGGUGGUGGUGCUGGUGUUGCUGGGCAUGGUGGCAGUGGCAGUGCGGCAGCUGCGACUUCGGCGGCCUGAUGAUGGUGGCAGGGAGGCCAUGAACAACUUGUCAGACUUCCAGAAGGACAACCUGAUCCCUGCAGCCCAGCUCAAGAACACAAACCAGAAGAAGGAGCUGGAAGUGGACUGUGGCCUGGACAAGUCCAACUGUGGCAAACAACAGAACCACACACUGGACUAUAAUCUGGCCCCGGGGCCUCUGGGGCGAGGGACCAUGGCGGGGAAGUAUUCCCACAGUGAUAAGAGCUUAGGGGAGAAGGCGCCACUGAGGUUACACAGUGAAAAGCCAGAGUGUCGGAUAUCAGCGAUAUGCUCCCCCAGGGAAUCCAUGUACCAGUCUGUGUGUUUGAUAUCAGAAGAGAGGAACGAAUGUGUCAUUGCCACAGAGGUAUAAGGCAGGAGCCUUCCCAGGACAUCCCAGCUUUGCCCCAGCAGCUGGAUCUUCCUUCUGCAUUGUUUACAUUGCAUCCUGGAUGGGACAUUUCUUAAUAUGCAACGUGCUGCUCUCAGGAGGAAGAGGGAAUGGCAUGACCUGGACAGACUGUGAACUUGCCAAGAGACGCAGUACCCUUCCACGCGUUGGGGUGUCUGUCUGGCAUCAGCUUGGCGGCCGUGCCAGCCAGGGGAACAGAGAGGAGAGGUGCCACUGGGACCUGCCCUGCCAGCUGUGGCCUUCAGAGGGCUCCUCUGGGGAUCUGGCCUCUGUUCCAGAGGGAGAGGCUGUGGUCCCCUGGGGCCUGGAGCUGCUGUGGCCUCCACUGGCAUCUGUGUUUCCAAAAGUGCCUUUGGCCCAGGCUCCAUGGUGACAGCUGGGUCCAAAUCAGAGAGGAGAGAGGAGGCCAGUAUGGGCAGGGCCAUCUGUGGGCCAGGAUACCACCAGGUGCGGCUCUUGGCAGGAGUUGCCCUGCAGGUGAGGUGAGCGCCUGAAGCGGGAGGAGCACUUUCUGCCCUGUGCCUGCAACCUCUGCAUGUGGGCCUUGCUCAUAACUCCGCUCCAGCUUCUCCCUGGCCAGGGCCCUCUGGGAAGGGCUGUUGGUAAGACUCACUUGGCUUCCACAGCCUCCGGCCUUGCGUGCCUCCGGGUUCCUGUGAGCAGACAGGUGGAGGGCAUGCCCCAUCUGUCAGCCAGGGACACCAGGCCCAACUGGGGAGCUCAGGGCAGUGAUGCUGGAAAUUCUAGCGAGGGAGAAGUGAGGUGCUGUUGCCGCCUAGGCCCUUUCGUCCCUCAAACCAUUCCUACAGCCUUGAGCCUACACCCACUACUGCCCCCAGACCGCCCUUGAAGCCGAUCUUCAGAAAUCAAUAAUAUGAGUUUUUAUUUUGUUUUUUUGUAGUUUAUUUUGGAGUCUAGUAUUUCGAUAAUUUAAGAAUCAGAAGCACUGACCUUUCUACAUUUUAUAACAUUAUUUUGUAUAUAAUGUGUAUUUAUAAUAUGGAACAGACGUGUACAGGA